AUGUCUUCAUCUCAACAAGCAAAUGACGCGUUCAACCUUGUCGCCAAAAAGAUUCACCAGCUGAUCGCAAGCUCCAGCAAGCUCCAGGUCGGUGACCCAGCUGCCAAGCCUUUGGCACAUGAAAUUGCCAUGACUUUGGCAACUGCAUUUGCCCAGCAUGGCAAUGCUACCACAUCGGUGGCCCCCAAACUCUUGUCCUGUGCGGCAGAGAUCAGGGCCAAGAGUGGCCCGAAUGGCAAGCUCAAGGCCUUGCCAGACUGGAAUGCCAUCUUGGAUGAUGACCUUCGCAUCCGGAACCACCCUCUGUUCCCCAAGACCGUCAGGUACAAGCCCCCGACAUGCCCACCCACACCUCCCACCGCACUGCCUGCCCCACCCGCGCCAUUGACACUUGGUCCCCGUGCACCAUCGCCUGCGCCAGUUGUCACCAUUGUCCCCAAGCACAAGCUAUUUGUGCCGGGCAAUGGCAACACCAAUGCCAAAGAAAAUGGCAAGCGCAAGGCCUCAACACCCGAACCUGAUGUCAACACUGGCAAGGAGCUCAAGAAACAGAAAACGUCGAGGCGUGCGGCGAGCAAGGCACCCUGGGCAAAGAGCAAGGCGCACUCCAGCAAGGUGAAGUCCAAGGAGUUUGUCACCGAUGAUGAUGACGAGCAAGUCCCAGCCGAUAAGAUCAUUUUUGUCAAGAGAAAAAUCACUGCCCUGCCUGGCACUCAACCAGUCAUCAAAGAGAUGACAAAAACACAGCACCCUGAUUCGACUUCCAAGGAUGAUGCACUGGUUGAAGAGACAUCCACCGUGCGUCUCUUUGGCAUGCAGUGCGAGGGCUGUAUCAAGCACAACAUUCCUUGCAAGGUGGUCCUCAGCAAGAAGAUGGGCGAGAUCUGGAAGUGCUGUCGCAACUGCGAUGAGAAGAAGAUGAAAUGUAUUUGUCCAACACCCGAGGAGGCCCGAGUUCUUCAACUUGCAGUGGACUUGAAGAAGUCCAAGGCCACCACAAAGACCCGGGCAGCAAAAACACCUUGGGCAAAGACCCCCGUCGUUAUGCAUUCAAAGGUGCCUGUCAGUUCCUGGUCCACCCAUGCCACCUCCCGCGCCCGCCUGCAAUCUGUUAGCCGGGCAUUGUCGCCUGUGGUGGACAAAUCCGGCGAUAAGGACGCAAAGGGUGAUGUUGAUUCUGAACAUGCAACACCGGCAGUGACUUGCAUUGCCCCCGUACCUGUUUCUGAAAGGGCGGCUGAUGAUCACCGGGAGACAAUCGCAUCAGCUCCCAAUGUUGACAACAACGUCAACAUGGGGGUCGACCUUCAGACCACUGUGCAAGACCUCCCGGUUCCAGAUGCCCGGCAGGGUGCUCCUCCCAACCUGGCCAUACAACAACCCAGAAAUCUCGACAUCAUCCAAUCCAUCCAUGCCAUGCGUCAAGAGUUCAGCGGCAUGUUUCAACACUUGGGUGAUUGUUCUGAGGCAGUCAAACGAAAGAUCACCACCCAGGUCAACGACUUGGCCGAUAAUUGGGAGAUGAGGUUUGACGCUAUGGAGAAGAAGAUGAAGGAUGUCAAACUGCACACGACCAGGAACACCAUCUCCAUCGGGCACAUGGCCAACACCAUGAAGACCUUCAACAAAUCCGGCAAUAUCCCCCCUUCUUGGCUUCCCCAACUCCCACUUCCGGCUGAUGAUUGCCUCCCUCAGCACCCAAGCGCCUCUAAAGUGGGGAAGCUGUUCACCACAGCUUGGGAUGAAUCUAGAGGUCCUGGUGCUGGUGGUGCCGGGAAAAGCUCUGCAUCAGCAGUUGUGUCUUCUGGCCAUCACACCGGCCUCAGUGCAGGCUCCCAAUUGUCAAGUCUCCCAUCAGGUAGUUCCUCUCCUAAAGAUCAGUAG